AUGGUUUAUCGCGGCAAACCCUCGAAAGCGUGCAAGACAUGCAGACAGCGACGAAUCAAGUGCGAUCUCAAAACGGAUGGAUGCUCCCCAUGCGCCAGAGCGGGGAAGCAAUGUCCCCUAUACCGCUCCGACCUGGACACAAUGUUCUGCGACCAAACCGAACAUACCGCGAAGAAGGUUACCUUGAAAGCCAGGAAGGAAUCCGGCGAGGAAGUGCCGGCGUUGUCGACCGUUUCUCAGCGUGGGCACUCCCGAAUCAUAUCGACCACUUUGGUAUUCAGCGAGCAGUUCACGGUCCCCCGGCCUGACGACUUUGCCCUAUCAUACGCAUACGCACAUCAUAUUGUGCAACGAAGCACCGGAACGAACGCCGGUAUCUCCACUCCCCACACUGGUGUGCUCGCCUGUAUCCGGGCUCUUGGUAUGGCUUCCUAUUCCGUAUCCUGCAGAUCCGCAAACGCCACGACGCAAGCGAGGAGGUACUACGUCCGCGCUAUCCGAUCUCUGAAUGUCAACCUCACAGAUCCGGACACUUCGAAACAGGACUGUACUCUGCUAUCGGUUGUCGCUCUGUCCUACUUUGAGACGGUGCUUGGAACAGAUCAGCCUUCGAUGAAGGCGUGGAUAAGCCACGUUAACGGCACCGCACGCUUGCUUGAGCUGAGAGGGCCUGACCAAGUGCACACGGCUAAUGGCCGCAUACUCUUCAUGCAAGCCACAUCGAUCUUGAUGGCUCAGUCUCUCAUGCUGGGGCAAAGGCUGCCUCCACAUUUGCACACCUACUUCGCAGAAGCCAAGCAGUAUCUGGUUGGAGUGCCAGAUGUUCUGUGGAAAGAGCACGGUGCCAUGAUGGAGCUAACUGAUUUCUAUAGCGAUGCCGUCAGCGGACGUUUACUAGACCCCAGCUACAUUAUAGCAACAGCAACGGCAAUUGACACUAAAUUAAAGGCAGCCUUCAUCGACGCUCCCCGGAAGUGGACGUAUAUCGUCGAGGACUGUUCGCCAGACACCCUAACUUCUUAUAUUGACUUUACCAAUCGAUUGCACGUCUAUCAGACGUCGUGGAGCGCGCAGAUCCACAACUCCGGGCGCAAUGGACGUAUCUUGUGUCACGCUACGGUUUUGGGCCUUUUGAGACGACUUACAGCGCUACAUGUACAGCUCCCAGGAGCCGAAGCACUCGCUGAACGAGCCCACAGUAUAAUCAAAGAACUCUCACUUGACAUCUUGGCAAGCGUGCCUCAACAUCUAGGACUAAUCAAACCGGAGAUCGCCACACCAAAAGGCGGGUUUGCAAUUGGUGGCACCAUGGAAGUCACAGCUCCGUCGUCGCUUAUAGAUUAUGACAAUGCUACGAUACCGGUGCUACGAACCACGACCGGGUAUCAGCUCGUUCACGCCGUCUCACUGGUGGGCAAGGUCGCACACGAGGCUUCGAUGCGUGGCGCGGCAUGCUCAGCGCUACGCGAGAUUGGUCGAAGGCUGGGAAUGAAGCAGGCGCUGUUCCUGGCUGGGGCCAUCGAACGCGACGAGCCGUCUGCACAGGAUACGACUCGGUGA